AUAGACCAAGGGCGGACUGACCAUUCGAGAAAUCAGGCACUGUCCGAGGACCCGGGGUCAGUAGGGGGCCCCAUGAGAUGCCCCCUGGUACCUUUUUCAUAGGCUUUUUUGAGUUUGGGCAAGGACACAGGGGUCCCAUGAUCCCCUAUUGCCCGGGGGCCCCCAUGACUUGUCAGUCCGCCCCUGGUCAUGUAUGUCAUUUUUUCAAUUUUGUCCAGAGUUUCACUUUACAAACAAAAAGUUUGUGUUAU